AUGUCAACACCACCUAUCAAUAAUUGGGGUAUAAUCUAUUUUGGUGACACACCGGAUAGAAAUGUGAAUGGAGUUCUACAAGAAUUCCAAAAUCAAUUCCCCAGCUUGCUUGGGAGAACUGGCUUCACUAUUAACAGUCAAUUAUCAUUGACGAUUCGAGGUACAUCGGAACAUGAUAUCAUGACAGCAUUGCAGGAAGCCGCUAAAAAUAAAUGGCAAUUGGCUAUUAUUGUUCUUAAAAGUUAUGACUCAGCUAGAGUUUACGAUUAUGUUAAACAAUCUUCCAAUCGAUCGAUCGGUUUAAUGACCCAAUGUGUUAAUUAUCAAGCUCUAGAACGAAACAUUAGCAAACU